AUGGAGGGCGAGUGCGCGGAGGGCUGGGUGUUGGUGCGCGUGCACGUGCCGGAGUUAAACGUGCAGAAGAGCUUGCAGUUCUCAAGAGAACAGCUCGUAUGGGACGUCAAGCAGCAGUGCCUUGCCGCCUUGCCUAAGGUGGCCACUUGGUAUCGGGAAUUGAAAGAAAGCUUUAACUAUGGGCUGUUCUGUCCACCGGUCAAUGGCAAAGCCGGCAAGUUCCUGGACGAAGAACGACGCCUCGGAGAUUAUCCUUUUAAUGGACCCGUCGGCUACCUCGAGUUAAAAUACAAACGCCGUGUUUACAAGAUGUUGAAGCUGGACGAAAAGACAUUGAAGGCUCUACACUCUCGAGCCAACCUGAGGCGUUUUCUAGAGCACGUGACACACGGACAGAUAGACAAAAUUACCAAAUCAUGCGCCAAAGGACUGGAUCCCAACUUUCACUGUCAAGACACCGGUGAGACACCACUGACAAUAGCCGCUGGCCUAAAAUCCCCUGGGAAAGUGUUAAUAGCUCUUGUGAACGGCGGAGCUCUACUCGAUUACCGAACUAAAGAUGGCAGCACCGCCAUGCACAGAGCCGUGGAAAAGAAUUCCCUCGAGGCUGUGAAGACUUUACUGGAGCUCGGCGCCUCCCCGAACUAUAAAGAUGGGAAGGGAUUAACGCCUUUGUACUUGUCCGUAACGAAUAAGACGGAUCCCUUGCUCUGUGAGACCCUGCUACAUGACCACGCCACUAUUGGUGCUACGGACUUACAGGGCUGGCUGGAAGUACAUCAGGCGUGUCGUAAUGGGCUGGUCCAACACUUGGACCAUCUUCUCUUCUACGGAGCCGACAUGAAUGGUCGCAACGCGUCCGGCAACACGCCGCUACAUGUAUGCGCUGUAAAUGCCCAGGACUCUUGUGCGAGACAGCUAUUAUUCAGGGGCUGUGAUAAAGAGGCUCUUAACUUCGCCAACCAAACACCUUAUCAGGUAGCUGUAAUAGCCGGAAAUUUAGAAUUGGCUGAGGUCAUAAAAAACUACAAAUCAGACGAAGUCGUUCCGUUUCGGGGCCCGCCGCGGUAUAACCCGAAGCGUCGGUCUGCGUGGGGCGGCUGGUGGAUGGAUCGUGGCGACCGUUCUUCGCUGGGGUCAGUGCCGUCCGAGUUAGAAGCUCUCCUGCGAGCAGCGACUCACUCUCCGGCCAGCGAGAGGUUCUCCUCGGCGUCUUCGAGCAUCAGCGACGCGAGCCACCCCAGCCACGAGGACGACGCCAGCAUCCUCACAGAUAAGAGCGCGGACACGAGCGACAUCACGGACUCGAGCGGCGUGGGCACGAGCACCUCGGACACUGUGUGCUCGCUGCAGACGGCCGCCACGGUCGUGUGUCUGCAGCCCUACGAGCCCACACACCACGGACACCUGCGGCUCAACCAGGGGGACAUCAUAGAAGUGACUGGUGCGACAGACGAUGGUCUGUUGGAAGGCUCGAUCCGCGGCUCGAGCGCCUCGGGUCUGUUCCCUGCGAGCUGCGUCCAGGAGGUGCGACUAAGACAGAACGCACACCUGCAUCAGGUGUUAUCCUCGGGACCCAUCCAUCAUUCGCGUGUCACGGGCAGGAGGGAAAUGGCUCUCAGUAAAACAUACAGCGCCACCGCUCCUAGGAUCAAGAAGACUUAUGGCAAUAUGGAGUCUCGCACGGUGGUGUUACACCGGGCGAGGCGGGGCUUCGGGUUCGUCCUGCGAGGGGCGAAGGCGUCGUCCCCGCUCAUGGAGCUUCGCCCCUCGGAGCGCUGCCCCGCGCUGCAGUACCUGGACGACGUAGACGCGGGCGGAGUCGCCGACCGCGCCGGGCUUAAGAAGGGAGACUUCCUUGUGGCGAUUAACGGUGAGGACGUGUCAGCAGCGUCUCACGAGCACGUGGUGGAGCUUAUACGAGGGUCGGGGGCGCUGGUCGCUAUGACCGUGGUGUCACUCACACCAUGCCCUAUCAACGACAACAACACGGGCGGCGUGCCCACCAGCAAGUCACAGAAUCAACUGGCGAGCUCCGGCCGGCCGUAUGCUGCUACACUACCGAGGAAGGCGGCGGGGGGUCGCAGCCCCGCGCCGGCGCCUCCCCGACGUGAUCCUCGCACUACGCUUAGCGUGGGUCGAGCCCGCGCUAAGUCUAUGGUAGCGGGACUAGAAAAUGGCGGCGAAAAAGAGGAAAGUGUGGAACCAUUAAGUGUCGCAGGGAAAUCAUCAUCGGCUGAGUCGGUUCAGUUACACGGAAGUAAUACGGGCACGCCAGUAUCAGGUACUCCAGUUGCGCCGCGGACAGCCUCCAUACGAGCCCGGCCUGUGUCGGGACGGAUCACGGCCGCCGAGCUAGAGGAACUAUUCCAGAGACAAGCGGACGACGAACUUGUUAACAGCGGCCCGGCCAUGAUGACCCGCUCGGCCUUCCAAGAUGGCGGCUGUUCCCCCCCUCCCUCCCCCGCGCGACCGGCCAGGGUGUACGCCUCCGUAGCAGACAUGAAGAGGAACAGGAACAAGUUGUACCGUGAGCCGGGUUCUUUACGGCGUGAGUUCCACUCGACCCCCGACCUGGCCGCGGAGCACGACGCACGACCACUCCGCACCAGGUCCAGUGAGGACGUACAUGAGUCAGUCCGCGGCCCCCCUCCGUCGGAGGCGCCCCCUCCCCCGCCGGGUCUGCCCGCGUCUUCGUUCCGUCCGUCGUCUGCCGCCAAGCUGUACGCCUCGCCCAGGGACCUCGCGGCCGUGGCUUACAGACCCACUACGGACACGGGUCGUAAGCCGGCUGGUCCCCGCGCUUGGUCCCGCGGCGCCCGCGCCCUGUCAGCGGACGCGGCGACCCACCAGUACGCUCAGCCGGUUAUGAACAAUACAUUCGCGAGACAGAAUUCCACGCCAGCGCCUCCCAUCCCCGAGCCGGACUACAGCAUGUCUGAGUCGGACGAAGAGACCAACAAGACGAAGAUAGAGGCGACCACCGUGACUGAGAACAGCGCCAACAGUAACACUAGCGGCAGUAGUUCCGGUUCCAGCUCCAUGCAGCACUCGUUCUCCGUGGACGAGAUACAAAAGAUCCGCACGAGGCUGAAGUCGUCCAAGUCGUGCGGGGACGAGCUCGGCGCGGGCGCGGAGCGGGAACGGGACGACGGUGACAACUCGUCGUCCGGAGUGUCGUCCGACCAGGAGGCGGCGCGGCCGGCCAGGAGGGACAAGGUGUCCUUCUGUAGCUCCGUGACCGUCAAGUCCUCCAAUGACGUCAUCAGCACCGAGCCCGUGCACAGCUCGACCGAGAGCCUCGCGCCGCCACCCAUGAGGAGGCACAACUCGCUGACACGCAAGCGAGCGGCCGCCGCACUACUGCGGGGCGCGGCGCGGGGUGCGGGGGGCGCGCGCUCGGCGGCCGAGCGGCUCGGAGUGGACGUGGGUAAGGCGCCAGGGCGGCGUGCUCGCGGCGUGUCGCUGGCCGAGCUGCCGCCGCCGCCCGAGGAGCCGUCCGCGGAGGACGCCGCGCCGCCCGUACUAGCGCCGCCGCCUCAGUUCAGUGACCGCGUGCGUGUGGUCGCCGCGCUGCCCAAGCUCGCCCACCUCCAGUAG